GACUGCCCAUGAAGAAAGAAAGGAAAGAAAAAGAAUCCCUUUGAAUUUUCAGCUAGCAAACACACUGAUGUCACAUCCACAUGGCCCUCCAGAGCACACCACAGUGAAUGAUUUGUUCAUCUGUGAAGGGCGUGGGCUGCCUGCCUAAACCUUUUUCUCUGACCAGAAUUUUAGCAGGAAGUCAACUAACCAUGAUGAAGAAACCCAGAAGAGAAACCUACCCAAAGCAGUAGUAGCCAUGGCUUGAGGCUUUGCAAGCAUUCUCGAACUACUCAACUUUUAGCUGGCCCAUUUCCCAGGCUGACUGUCUAUGUUUAACCCAGUAUUGCGUUGGCGUUGCAGUGCAGAGCCAUGGCAGUUGGGACAUACCACUUUUCGCCAUUAAUGUAUUUCAGAUUAGCUUGAUUUGGACCCGAGAAAGUACCAGAGAGAGAGAGAGAGAGAGAGAGAGAGAGGGAGGGAGGGAGGGAGGGAGGCGGGAUAUUUCUUUGUUGUAUAGUUAAGAAUUCUGUUGGGUGGGUUGGACAGCGGACGGCAUCGAAUGCAGAAUCAAAGCUCGUGAUUAGGGGUAAAGGAAUUUCGCAGAGCACAAUAAAUAAGCGUUUUUUUUUAGUAUUAUUUUGUGUACCUGUGAAGCUGUGGCCUGUGGCCAAAAUUAAUUGUUCACGAGAGAGAGAGUCGAAGAUGGACCUCCGUAGACCAUGAGGAACAUUAACUUGACAUUAUCACAAACAGCCAUGGAAGAAGCUCAACGACGACUGGUUAAGGUGGCGAUAUUGAUGGUCGUGUUGAUUCAGUAUGGGGUAGCUCAGCAACAGGUGCCGUUGAACUCUAGCAUCGAACGGUCAGCGUUAAUCGGCCUACGGUCAUCGCUGGGACUCAGGGGCAAGGACUGGCCCAUCAAGGCCGACCCGUGCUUGAAAUGGAACGGAGUCCGGUGCCGGAACGGCAGCGUGGUGGAGAUCAAUGUCUCCGGGCUGAGAAGAACACGUCUCGGACGGGUAAAUCGAAGUUUCGCUGUCGAUUCGCUGGCCAAUCUGCCCCUCUUGCAGUCGUUCAAUGCUUCUGGGUUUUCGCUUCCCGGACCUAUUCCCGACUGGUUCGGCCUGAGACUUAAUGCUCUCCGAGUGCUCGAUCUCCGGUUCUGCACGGUGUUGGGUCCGAUUCCUUCGUCUCUCGGUAACUUGAGUACAUUGAAUUACUUGUAUUUGUCUGAUAAUAGCCUUACUGGUGUUGUAUCUCCUGCAUUGGGACAGUUAUCGGAACUGCUAGUUCUCGAUCUUUCGCAGAAUACACUUACUGGGUCAAUGCCUUCUGGUUUCGAGUCUCUUGGCAAGCUUACCAGGCUUGACCUUUCUUCAAACUUCUUAUCUGGGUCGAUUCCAGCUGGUCUGGGUAACCUUUCUAGUCUUCAGUAUUUGAAUCUUGCUAACAAUAGUCUCUCUUCUUCAAUACCUGGUCCAUUGGGUGGCCUUUCUCAAUUGGAAGAUCUCGACCUUAGCAUGAAUUCUUUAUCCGGGUCGUUGCCCGUCGAAUUGGGAGGAUUGAGGAGUUUGCGGAGGAUGGAUAUUGGAAAUAAUGUUCUGGAGGGUCCAUUGCCGGAUGGUUUGCUAAUGAAUCUUAGUUUAAAUGUUAAUGCCCCUGCAGCUGUGUUCAAUCUCUCAAACAAUCAGUUGUAUGGAGCUCUGAAUUUAUCAUCUCUUAGGAAGUUUCGUGCAGCUGAUUUGUCUGGGAACUAUUUCCAAGGCAAGGUACUUGAUGCUGGUCAAGCCAACGCUACUCUUGAUAGAAAUUGUCUUCAGAUGAUUACUGAUCAGAGGAGUUCGGAGGACUGUAGACGGUAUUAUGCCGAGAAAGGCUUAGAUUUUGAUAAUUUUGGAGCCCCAGAACCAGAUUCUAAGACCAACAAAAAAUUGAUAUACAUAAUGGUGGGGUUAUUUGGUGGGAUUGGUUUCGUUGUGCUUUUAGUAUUUGUCAUCGUACUUAUCCUAAGAACAUGUGAUAAAGGCACUGCAAAUCAAGGAGGGACUGCAGAUGUUGGGCCUGUGCCAGAAGGAGACAGCCCUUCUCUUCCUAAGGAUCCUGUUUACAUGACAGGUCUGGGAGAAUCAUUUACCUAUGAGCAGAUGCUGCAAUUCACUGGUGAUUUUAGUGAAGCAAAUCUUAUCAAACACGGCCACUCCGGAGACCUUUUCAGGGGGUUUUUGGUUGGUGGGAUCCCUGUAGUCGUCAAAAGGGUAGAUUUGUGUUCUUUCAAGAAAGAGUCAUUCAUGAUUGAGUUGGAAUUUUUCAGCAAGGUUUCACAUACUAGGUUGGUCCCGGUAUUGGGGCACUGCUUGGAGCAUGAGAGUGAGAAGCUUUUGGUUUACAAAGAUAUGCCAUAUGGAGACUUGGCAAAUUCCUUGCACAGAAUUAUCCGUUCUGAGGAUGACAAUUUCCAGUCUCUGGAUUGGAUUACAAGAUUGAAAAUUGCAACAGGGGCUGCUGAAGCCCUAGCUUACCUACAUCAUGAGUGCAACCCUCCUCUUAUUCACAGAGAUGUUCAAGCGAGCAGUAUCCUUCUUGAUGAUAAAUUUGAAGUGCGACUUGGAAGUCUGAGCGAGGUCCAUGCCCAAGAUGGUGAUUCUCACCAAAAUGCACUCACAAGGUUCUUGCGGAAGCCACAAAUUUCUGAACAAGGGCCUUCUGGCUCAUCAUCGGCAACUUGUGCCUAUGAUAUAUACUGUUUUGGGAAGGUCUUGCUUGAGCUUGUAACGGGUAAGCUUGGCAUCAGCAAAUCAGAUGAUGUCACUACAAAAGAGUGCCUGGAACAAAUACUGCCUUACAUUAGCACAUGUGACAAGGAACUGGUAACUAAAAUUGUUGAUCCAUCUCUGAUAGUCGAUGAGGAUUUAUUCGAAGAGGUAUGGGCAAUGGCAAUUGUGGCCAGGUCAUGCCUUAACCCCAAGCCUUCUAGACGCCCCCCAAUGAAAUAUAUCCUCAAAGCAUUGGAAAACCCUUUAAAGGUGGUUAGGGAGGAGAGUUCAAGCUCUGCAAGAUUGCGAACAAUGUCAUCUAGGAGAUCUUGGAGUUCUGCAUUCUUUGGUAGCUGGCGGCACAGCUCAUCAGAGGGUGCCGCCAUUCCAGGCCAUACUGGUAUCAAUGGCUUACGACAGUCAGGGAGAGUGAACUCUCAUGGAAGUGGUGGACAAGAAUUCUCAACUUCACAUAAAAGGUUGUCCAACGAAAUUUUCCCUGAGCCAGUUGAAAUCCAAGACCUGGAGAGCCAAGAUGAGCAUUAGCUGAAAAGGGUUUUUAUUGCUUUUUAAGAAUGAGACUGCAGGUUGCCUGAUUUCCGGCUUGCUCAACAGCAUACCCAAACGGCAACCUUUUCCAGUCACCUUUCAUCUAAUUACAAAGCCAUUCGAUGGAUUAUGCGCUUUGUUGACCAAUCUGUUGAAGUGUGUGAUCUGGUGAGGAAUAUAUUGUUGUGGUCAAUGAAAAUUGCUUACAAAGUGGGUCCUGUAAAUUCAACCGGACUCACUGGUUUUGAGUCUAUUUGUUGUCAAAGCAAGCUGCAAUUUUUCUCUGCAAUGGAUGCUUUCUCAUAGAUCCCGUACAUGGAAUAUAAGGUUGUGAAUCUGUGAUAGAUCAAAAUUUCUUCUUGUGAGAUUGUUAGAGCUUUACCGGAAAAGAAAAUUAAUUCCCCAAAAGAGGGCAUUGUUGUAUUUCCAAUUUGUUCAGGAAUCAAGUUGCUUCUGAUGUAUCUAAUGAACAUUUUUCUCUUGUUGGGAAUUGUGAUAUGGUCAUUACAUCU